GCUGGCGGCGAGGUGGUUGGCCCUGUUAACACCAACACUAACAACGCCGACCAGUCCCUUGGCACACAAAUUCGCAUAGUGUAGAUACCGAAGCGAGGCGAACUGUUUUUUUGUAUGGAAAAUCCUGCAAUGCCAAAAGGCAAUAGCUGCUAAAGCCAGAACAUUUUACGAAAGUUCUAUCAGUUGUUUGACAUUGUUCCUGGCAAAAGGUUGUUCUGACGGACGAAAAGUGCGAAUACUCCAGUACACCAAAGAUAUACACAUACAAAUUUCUCACUGCAAGUUUUAGUAUACCCAAGAAAUGUGAAAAUUUUUUAAAGCUAAAGUUAUCUAAUCGUUUCAAGUGUAAUGAAAAUUUCUGCGAAUUGCGAAAAGUGAGAAAAUAUGUCUGGCUAAGAAAAGCUGGUCUCACGGAGUGUCUGUUGGCAAUUUAUAAAUUUGAAAAGAUUUACAAUUAUCUAUGUAUAUACAUAAAAAAAAAAGUGAAUUUAAAAGUGUUUAAAACCAAAAGUAAGCAGGGGGUUUAGCCAACAGUAUGAAGGAUUUUUGUUUAAACCCUUUGAAGUAAAUAUGUGUGGCAAUUUUUUUAAAAUAUAAUUCAAAAGCAACAAAUUUAUGUAGUGUGCUCUUGUUGUUGCAUAAUUUCACACAAAAUACAUAUACGUUUAUAGCAAAAAGUGUGAAAAGCGCUUUUGAAUAAACCUACUUAUCUAAUAGUCCGGGUAAUUUACAUACAUACAUACUGCAUAGAUAACCAAAUAAAUUUUCCCAAAAAAUGGCACAAUUCGUUACGCACAUACAACCAACGUUGCUGGAGGCUUCACAGGGCCAUGUACCGCAUCAUCAUGGCCAUCAAGUUGGUAUGCAACAUUCAUCACAUUUGCCACAUAGCGGUCAUAAUAUGCCAUCGCCGCCAACAGCGCAUAACCAUCAUACGCAUUUGCACCACCAACAUCAGCAGCAGCAGCAGCAGCAUCAGGAACAACCGCAUCAUCAACAUCACAACCAUCACCAUAGUCCACCAUCGCAAAUGUCGUCGCCACCAAGUGGCGCACCAUUACACCAUCAUCAUAUUGGCAAACAUGGUGCCAAGCAUGAGCACUUUGGACAUCAUGGCACCGGCGAUGGAAACACUUCAUUUCUACGCGCAGCCCGAGCUGGUAAUCUGGAACGAGUUUUGGAACAUUUAAAAAAUAAUAUUGACAUUAACACCAGCAAUGCUAACGGCUUAAACGCACUGCAUUUGGCUUCCAAGGACGGACAUAUACACGUCGUUUCUGAGUUGUUGAAACGCGGCGCUAUUGUUGACAGCGCAACCAAGAAGGGUAACACUGCACUGCAUAUUGCUUCGCUCGCCGGUCAAGAGGAGGUAGUAAAACUUCUGCUCGAGCACAAUGCCUCCGUGAAUGUACAGUCGCAGAAUGGCUUUACACCACUCUAUAUGGCAGCGCAGGAAAAUCACGAUUCGGUGGUGAAGUUGUUGUUAGCCAACGGCGCAAAUCAAAGUCUUGCCACUGAAGACGGCUUCACGCCACUGGCCGUGGCUAUGCAGCAAGGACAUGAUAAGGUCGUGGCUGUGCUCUUGGAAAGUGAUACACGCGGCAAGGUGCGAUUACCUGCAUUGCAUAUUGCGGCCAAGAAGGACGAUGUAAAGGCUGCCACACUACUUUUGGAUAACGAUCACAAUCCCGAUGUAACUUCCAAAUCUGGCUUUACACCACUGCACAUUGCUUCCCACUAUGGCAAUCAAGCCAUUGCCACUCUACUAAUCCAAAAAGGUGCCGACGUUAACUUCGCCGCUAAGCACAACAUUAGUCCGUUGCAUGUGGCCGCCAAGUGGGGUAAAACCAACAUGGUCUCCUUGCUGUUGGAGAAGGGCGCUAAUAUUGAAGCCAAGACCCGUGACGGUCUAACGCCAUUACAUUGUGCAGCACGUUCUGGUCACGAGCAGGUAGUCGACAUGCUACUCGAGCGCGGCGCACCGAUUAGCGCCAAAACAAAGAACGGACUCGCUCCGUUGCAUAUGGCCGCACAGGGUGAGCACGUAGAUGCCGCACGUAUUUUGCUCUAUCACCGUGCACCCGUUGACGAGGUUACGGUGGACUAUUUAACAGCGCUGCAUGUGGCUGCGCAUUGUGGACAUGUGCGUGUCGCCAAACUGCUGCUCGAUCGUAAUGCCGACGCCAAUGCACGUGCGCUUAACGGUUUCACGCCGUUGCAUAUUGCAUGCAAGAAGAAUCGCAUAAAGGUGGUGGAGUUGCUGCUACGUCACGGCGCCAGUAUUAGUGCCACCACAGAGAGUGGUUUGACACCAUUGCAUGUGGCCGCUUUUAUGGGCUGUAUGAAUAUUGUCAUUUACUUGCUGCAACAUGACGCCAGCCCGGAUGUGCCGACCGUACGCGGUGAGACACCGCUACAUUUGGCUGCGCGUGCCAAUCAGACUGAUAUUAUACGCAUUUUGUUGCGCAAUGGCGCUCAGGUGGAUGCACGCGCACGCGAGCAACAAACUCCGUUGCAUAUUGCCUCUCGUCUCGGCAAUGUUGAUAUUGUAAUGCUGUUGCUGCAGCAUGGCGCUCAAGUGGAUGCCACCACCAAGGAUAUGUAUACGGCUUUGCAUAUUGCCGCCAAAGAGGGUCAGGAUGAGGUCGCUGCUGUUUUGAUCGAAAACGGCGCUGCAUUGGACGCUGCUACGAAGAAAGGCUUCACACCACUACAUUUAACCGCCAAAUAUGGUCACAUCAAGGUUGCUCAACUAUUGUUGCAAAAGGAAGCGGAUGUGGAUGCUCAAGGCAAGAAUGGCGUCACUCCGCUACAUGUCGCCUGUCAUUAUGAUAACCAAAAAGUCGCUUUAUUGUUGUUGGAGAAGGGGGCUAGUCCACAUGCUAUAGCCAAAAAUGGACAUACACCAUUGCAUAUUGCCGCACGCAAAAACCAAAUGGAUAUCGCUACUACUUUACUGGAAUAUGGAGCACAAGCUAAUGCUGAAAGCAAAGCCGGUUUCACACCAUUACAUUUGAGUUGCCAGGAGGGUCACGCUGAGAUAUCGAAUUUGCUCAUUGAACAUAAGGCCAGCGUAAAUCAUCCAGCCAAGAAUGGACUAACUCCGAUGCACUUGUGCGCACAAGAAGAUAAUGUAAAUGUAGCCGAAAUUCUACAACGCAAUGGCGCCAAUAUUGAUAUGGCCACCAAAGCAGGCUACACACCGCUACAUGUAGCCGCCCAUUUCGGUCAAGCAAAUAUGGUGCGCUUUUUAUUGAAUCAUGGUGCUAACGUGGAUGCGGCUACGUCAAUCGGCUAUACACCGCUGCAUCAGACAGCUCAGCAAGGACAUUGUCACAUCGUUAAUCUACUAUUGGAACAUAAGGCCAAUGCCAAUGCACAGACCGUCAAUGGACAGACACCGCUGCAUAUUGCACGCAAAUUGGGUUAUAUAAGUGUUUUGGAUUCUCUGAAAUCGAUUACAAAUGAACCAGAUGCAGCAACACAAACUCAAACCGAUGAAAAGUAUCGCGUUGUUGCACCUGAGGCAAUGCAUGAAUCCUUUAUGUCGGAUUCCGAAGAAGAAGGUGGCGAAGAUAAUAUGCUUUCCGAUCAGCCUUACCGUUAUUUGACAGUUGAUGAAAUGAAAUCUCUAGGCGAUGAUUCCUUGCCGAUCGAUGUCACACGCGACGAACGUAUCGAUUCGAAUCGCAUGAUGACCCAUAGCGCUGAGUAUGCUGGCGGUGUUGGAGGUCAACCGCAACAGCAGGCCAUUGCCGAAGAGCUGAUUAGUCCACAUAAAGCACAAAUUCAUGGCGCUGGCAAAUCGAUUGUGGAUGGUAUUUAUAUGGGUAACGGGCUUAAUGAGGAACAAAAAUAUGUGGGCCGAAAACUUUCUUGGAAAAGUUUCCUUGUUUCAUUCCUCGUCGAUGCGCGUGGCGGUGCUAUGCGUGGUUGCCGCCACAGUGGUGUACGCAUGAUUAUACCAUCGCGUUCCACUUGUCAACCGACUCGUGUCACAUGUCGAUAUGUUAAACCACAACGCACUAUGCAUCCACCACAGCUAAUGGAGGGUGAAGCUUUGGCUAGCCGUGUGUUGGAACUUGGGCCAGUCUCGAUCAAAUUUAUUGGCCCCGUCAUCAUGGAGGUGCCACAUUUCGCUUCAUUGCGCGGCAAAGAGCGUGAAAUUAUCAUAUUGCGCUCGGAUAAUGGAGAAACCUGGCGAGAGCAUGCAAUUGAUAAUUCGGAAGAAAUCAUACACGAUGUAAUGCAACAAUGUUUCGAACCCGAAGAAAUUGCACAACUUGAGGAGCAAGCUGGAAAUCAUGUUUGCCGUUUUGUUACCUAUGAUUUUCCGCAAUACUUUGCUGUAGUCUCGCGUAUACGCCAAGAGGUGCACGCCAUCGGACCAGAGGGUGGCAUGGUAUCCAGCACUGUGGUGCCACAAGUGCAGGCCGUUUUCCCGCAAGGUGCACUCACCAAAAAGAUCAAAGUUGGCUUGCAGGCACAACCUGUCGAUCCAGAUCUAACUGCUAAACUACUUGGUCGUGGUGUGGCCGUUUCACCAAUUGUAACAGUUGAGCCACGACGUCGUAAAUUCCAUAAGGCCAUCACGUUGAGUAUGCCCGCACCGAAAGCACAUAGUCAGGGUAUGAUAAAUCAAUAUUCCGGCAAUACACCAACACUACGCCUGCUUUGCUCUAUAACAGGUGGACCAUCUCGCGCACAAUGGGAAGAUGUUACCGGCUCAACACCAUUGACAUUCGUAAACGAUUGUGUUUCAUUUACCACAACCGUAUCGGCUAGAUUUUGGUUGAUGGACUGCAGGAACAUCUCCGAAGCUACUAAGAUGGCCACCGAACUUUACAAGGAGGUAAUCCAUGUGCCGUUUAUGGCCAAGUUUGUAGUCUUCGCCAAGAAAGUGGAACCCUACGAAGCCCGCCUGCGAGUUUUCUGCAUGACCGACGAUCGCGAAGAUAAGACACUCGAAAAGCAGGAAAGGUUUACAGAAGUUGCCAAGAGUCGUGACGUUGAAGUACUCGAAGGCAAACCACAAUUUAUUGAAAUGGCUGGUAAUUUAGUGCCAGUCACCAAAUCUGGAGAUCAAUUGCAAUUACAAUUCAAAGCAUUCCGUGAAAAUCGUCUACCAUUUACGGUACGUGUCAAGGACCAACACGCCGACAUUGUGGGACGUACAUUGUUUAUGAAGGAGCCAAAAGUUGCAAAGGGCGAGCCACCGCAACAUCCCAUCUGUAUUUUGAAUAUUGUAUUACCCGACAUUGUCAUACCGGAUACAACUACCGAGUUCAGCGAUAAGAUUACCACAACCUAUCGGAGCUCGCUGUUUAGUUUGAGCAAACAUCAGAACGAUCAUUACAUCGGCGAUAUACGUAUUGUGGAUUUGUCCAAUUUACUAGGCAAGGAUUGGAUACAAUUAGCCUCUGAAAUCGGUAUUAGUACGGAAGAGAUUGAUGAGAUCAUAAAUCAAAAUACUGAUAGUAUUGCGCGGCAGGCCCAAAGCAUGAUACGACUUUUCAAGGAUAAACCAAAUUACGAUAUACACGCCUUAGAAGUAGCGCUCAAAAAUAUUGGACGUGAUGAUAUUAUGAAAAAGUGCAAAAGUGGGCGGCUUUCACACUCUCGCGACUUUGACGAAACCGACAUUAUGAAGAAUUCGGAAUCGGUGGAGGAACUCGUGCGACAAGAGAGUAAACGAAUUCAACAGAUCCAUGACCAUGAGGAAGUCAAAUACUCGGCGGAGGAAAAGGAAGUGGAAGAAUCUGAAUCAGACGAAGAAAUCACGAAGCGCACUGUAGCCGAACGACGAGAGAAGAUCGUUAAAAGACUCUCCAUCGAACGGCAAAUUCCAGCUUCAUCGCAGAAAAAGGAAAUUACACGCGAAAUUUCCGAAAUAAAACGUAAGAGCCUAAUCGAGGACAAAAAGGCUAUUCAUGAGUCGGAAAUUAAUAUGCAAUUACCCACAGAUAACAUUGUUAAGUCCACUGUUGCUCCCGAUCAAGUUAUGAAAAUGAAAAUGGGUAAAAUGGAUACAGGGGAAAUAAGCAAAAGUGAUUUUGAUAAGGAACUGACGCACAAAUUAAAAACUUCUGGACGUAGCUCAGAAGAGGAAGAUUCCACAACGGAAUAUAAGCAAAUUCAGGAUGAUGAGAACUUAAAAAUCAUACAAGAUAUUAGCGCUGUAGAGAAAUCAAAGCACCUGCAAGAGUCGCCGAUUACUUCGGAACAAGAAAAGGCAAAGCAAAUGACUGAAGAUUUUUUAAAUGUAGAAAAACAAACGCAACUUCCAGCAGAUAUUACCAUCAGCGAGAAAUUUGUUGAAGAAGUAAAGGAAAAAGAAAUGAAAGGUGCGGAAACGGUAGAGAAAUCGAGUCAGAAAAUUGAGAAAAUUAUAACUGCUUUUGAGGGUGGAAAAUAUGAGGAUGAACUGCAAAAGCUGCCGCCCACAGAGAGUAAAACAUCCAUAGUGAACCAGGAGAAGGGUAGCACAAUUGAGGACAAAAUUGCCGACUUCGAAGCUAGAGGUGUUACCUAUGACAUGAUAUCAGUGCUACCAAAAGAUAUAAAGAAACACGGUGAGAUGCCAACAGACGAUGUGUAUCAGGCAGGCGAAGAGCCCACUAAAUCGUUUGAGAAAUCCAUCACCGAAGAAUUUCUAAGUAUGGAGCAAAAAUCUCAAUUGCCUAUCGCAACUGAAAUAACUAAAAAAACUAUUACUGUCGAUGAACUACUUCAGGAAACCACACGUCCAGUCGCUGAGAAAAGAACAUCUCUGGCCGAAAGGGUGCCAGAGCCAAGAGCGCGACUAUCUACAGAAGUGCAGGCGGAGCCCGAAAGUGUCGAGGGAAAGAAGACUCCCGCAGAGCCAAUACCUAAAGUCACAGAAAUCACAAAAGAAUUCGAAAAAGUUAUCGAAAAAGGUGGCGAAACCGUUACCACCGCAACUACCGAAACAAAGAAGCUGACGCAUGAGUUCUUGAGCAUGGAACAAAAGGCGCAGACAGAGGCGAAGAAAACAGUGAGUGAACUUGCAACAAGCACUGCGGAGGUAAGGGAAACGGCUGAAGAACUUUUUGAAACUACAACCGAAUUGGAGGUGUCAGCGAAAGACGUCGAAAUGGCAAAAAUGCAAAUGAAAGAAGUUACUAAAGAUUGGGCUGCAGACCUUAUAGAAUCUAAAAAAGGACUAGAAGUAGAUUCGAAGACUGAGUUGCAGACAGGAAUCUUAGAAAGCGCGCGCAAAUUUGAGAGCGCCACAAAGACUGAAGUAUUGAAGACCAUGAAAGAUUUGAAGCAAACCGAGGAUAAAGUAGAAAGUAAAAUAGUAGCUGACGUGUCUGAGACCACGAAAGACUUAAAAGAAGCUGCUAAAACUGUAGAGGUUGCGAAGAUAACGGCAACUGAAACUUUGAAGGAGACGACAGAGGUAACCAAGCAGGAAAUAGACACACAAAUUGAAAAAGCUAAGAAAGUGUUAAGCAGUGUUGUGGAUGUGACAAAAGAAACAGCAGGUCUAUCUAAAACCGCGGCCGAUGAAGUGAAAAUCGAUAAGACGGCUAAAGAAGAAAAAUCUACAAUUGAGACGAUUUUUUCAACUCAGCAAGCACAAAAGUCAAGCGAAACGCUGCCUGCUGUUGAAACGAAAAAGCUAACAGCAGACUUCCUGACAAUGGAACAACAAAUGCAGUUGCCGACCUCCAAAGAACCAUUAGAAGAAGAUCACAAACAUGAACUCUUAAAAUCUGCCACUCAUACUGUUAUACCCUCAGUUUUGGGUGCUACUGUCGUUCCUGGUCUAUCCUCUGGCUUGGAAGUUAGACAGCAACCAGCUACAGCCCCGGUGUUAGCAGACACUGAAACUACCGAGGUUAAGAGCGCGAUGAGUGAUCUGAUUAAAACGACAAGCGUUAUCAUGGCUAGCGUACCGAAACUCGGAACUGAGGAAGCAGUUAGAUCGUUGGAGGAAAGUCUUAAAGAUAUUAAAAUGGACGUGAAAGCCUUGAGUGAAGAACCAGCAAAAACAGAUACUAAGUCAGACACAACACUAAUCGAUUUCGAACCUGACAUUGUAGUCGAUGAGAAAACAACUACACUCAAGAUGAGUUCAGCGGUGACGGAUACAGUCAAAGAGGAGAGCAUUAAACUUGUUGAAUCAAUUAAAAAGCUAGAAGAAGCAAUAAAAGUAGUCGAUACGUCAAAAGAAGAUGGCAUUGAGGUAGCCGCGCCCAUCAAUGAGGCAGACAAAGUGACUGCAGUGGGCGUAAGAAAGUUAACUGAAGACUUUCUAACCAUAGAACAGACCACCCAAUUCACGACAAGCACAAAACCGACUAAAGAAACUAUUGUAACGGAUGCGUAUGGUAAAACAACUACACUACCCGCACGCGAAGAUACACAGCCAGUAGCGCAAAUUGUUAGCAGCACUGGCUUGAGUGAAGAAAUUAACAAGAUUGUAACGGAGGCGGCAACAAAAAUAGACACAAUUAAAUUGACCGAUGACUUCUUGGCCGCAGAACAGCGAACUCAGUUACCAGUUGACCAGCAGCAAGCAACCCAAGCUACAAUCGCCCACAAGACAACCGAUGAGUUGGCUGCACCGGCACCUGUACAACCACGAAAGUCUAUAACACUCACAGACGCUGAGUUUUGCAAGUCAGUUGAGGAGACGAUUACAAAGAAGAUGAGUGCGGGACAAAUUGAAAUAGGCGAUGAGCUCAAAACGAAAGCGAGCGACAUUCCAGAUUCACAGACCCCACCACCGACGCCAAUCGAAAUCAGAACUGAUAGGCAAGACACAGUAGAAACAUCGCCACGCAAAACUUCCGAUGAGAAAAGCCAUCUAACUGAUACUGUGAUUACUUUACAUAAGACCACAGAAUCGACAUUCGAACGUGUUUCGGGAAUUUCGAAAAUCGCAAAAACUGAAACUGUUAAUAAGAACAAUUGAGUUACACACAAAAUCCAAAGAAAAC